UCGAAGUAUACAAGGAAUGUUUGAUUAUAAUACAUAGUCAGGUGCUGGUAAUCGAUAUUUCAUUGGCAAACACUAUGUUCUGUGCCAUCUACUUGGCAAUAAUCUGUGCUUACGAUUAUAUAAAGGAUUACACAAAUACAGAAAACUACCUUAAAGAACUCCUCCUCUACCUAGACUCUCAUGACUCCGCUGAAAAAGGAUGGCUACAUUUAAAACUGGCAGAAAUACUUAGAGUACAAAGUAAGUUCAUGGAGGCCUGGAACUUUUACGAAUCAGCAAUCAACAUCAUGAAAACGAUUGGAGACACACAUGGCCAGGGAGUAUGUUACAUAAGGCUCGGGAAAAUGUUUCAAUCGCUUAAUCAAUAUGACAAGGCCCGAGAAUAUCAGGAGAAAGCACUCGUUAUCAAAACAGAAAUUGGCGACAGGGAUGGAGAAGCAAAAAGCUACGGAAACCUAGGAACUUUGUUCCAAUCACUUGGUCAUUAUGACAAGGCCCGAGAAUAUCAGGAGAAAGCACUCGCUAUCACAAUAGAUAUUGGCGACAGGGAUGGAGAAGCAACAAGCUACAGAAACCUGGGAACUUUGUUCCGAUCACUUGGUCAUUAUGACAAGGCCCGAGAAUAUCAGGAGAAAGCACUCGCUAUCAAAAUAGAAAUUGGCGAUAGGGAUGCAGAAGCAACAAGCUACGGAAACCUAGGAACAUUGUUCCAAUCACUUGGUCAUUAUGACAAGGCCCGAGAAUAUCAGGAGAAAGCACUCGCUAUCACAAUAGAAAUUGGCGACAGGGAUGGAGAAGCAACAAGCUACGGAAACCUAGGAACUUUGUUUCAAUCACUCGGUCAUUAUGACAAGGCCCGAGAAUAUCAGGAGAAGGCACUCCCUAUCAAAAUAGAAAUUGGCGACAGGCAUGGAGAAGCAGCAAUCUACGGAAACCUAGGAACUUUGUUCCGAUCACUUGGUCAUUAUGACAAGGCCCGAGAAUAUCAGGAGAGAGCACUCGCUAUCAAAAUAGAAACUGGCGACAGGCAUGGAGAAGCAACAAGCUACGGAAACCUGGGAGCUUUGUUCAAAUCACUUGGCCAUUUUGACAAGGCCCGAGAAUAUCAGGAGAAAGCACUCCCUAUCACAAUAGAAAUUGGCGACAGGCAUGGAGAAGCAACAAUCUACGGAAACCUAGGAGCUUGUUUCAGAUCACUUGGCCAUUAUGACAAGGCCCGAGAAUAUCAGGAGAAAGCACUCGCUAUCAGAAUAGAAAUUGGCGACAGGCAUGGACAAGCAACAAGCUACGGAAACCUAGGAGCUUUGUUCCACUCACUCGGUCAAUAUGACAAGGCCCGGGAAUGUCAGGAGAAAGCACUCGCUAUCAAAAUAGAAAUUGGCGACAGGCAUGGAGAAGCAACAAGCUACGGAAACCUUGGAACUUUGUUCCAAUCACUCGGUCAAUAUGACAAGGCCCGAGAAUAUCAGGAGAAAGCACUCGCUAUCACAAUAGAAUUUGGCGACAGGGAUGGAGAAGCAACAAGCUACGGAAAUCUAGGAGCUUUGUUCCAAUCACUCGGUCAAUAUGACAAGGCCCGAGAAUGUCAGGAGAGAGCACUCGCUAUCAAAAUAGAAACUGGCGACAGGCAUGGAGAAGCAACAAUCUACGGAAACCUAGGAAUUUUGUUCCAAUCACUCGGUCAAUAUGACAAGGCCCAAGAGUAUCAGGAGAAAGCACUCGCUAUCAGAAUGGAAAUUGGCGACAGGGAUGGAGAAGCAACAAGCUACGGAAACCUAGGAACUUUGUUGGAAUCAUUCGGUCAAUAUAACGAGGCCCUAAAAUAUCAGGAGAAAGCACUCGCUAUCAGCAUAGAAAUUGGCGACAGGGAUGGAGAAGCAACAAGCUACGGUAACUUAGGAUCAUUGUUCCUAUGCCUUGGCCAACAUAGCGAAGCCGAAGAGUGUAUGGAAAAAGCACUGCGUAUCAAAAAGAAAAUUGGUAAAAAAAGAGGAGAGGCGAAUAGCUAUGGAAACCUCACAGAUUUGUUUCUCUCGCUCGGCAAGUAUGCAAAGGCUGACGACUAUCUAAAGAAGGCAAUCACAAUUAGAGAGGGUAGCGGUGAUAGAAGCGGAGAAGCAGCAGAUUACAGCCACCUUGGUACAAUCUCUCGUAAGCGUGGUGAAUAUGACAAGGCUCGAGAGUAUUACGAGAAAUCCCUUACAAUUCACAUGGAAAUCGAUGAGAGAGAAGGAGUACUAGUCAACUACAGCAAUCUAGGAUUGUGUUUCAAAUCGCUAGGUAAAUAUGACAUGGCCGAAGAAUACCUUAAGCAGGCUCUCUUAUUAAGUAGGGAUAUUGGACACAACUUGAAGGAGUUUCAGUGUCUUUGUCAUCUAUCGGUGUUAAAGGCGUUACAAUGUCAUCUUGAAGAGGCUUCUUCCCAUCUUCUUCAAGCCAUCCAAAAGUUCGACACUUUGAGAGGUUUUCUUAAAGAAAACGAUCAGUUUCAAAUAUCUCUUUUAGAAGAGCACGGCACCUUUCCCUACAAGUUCUUCAGUAGGUUGCUUUCUUCCACUAGAAAGUCGCAAGAUGCCCUUUACGUCGAAGAGCUGACAAGAGCAAGAGGCCUGGCUGACUUGAUGGCAGCUCGGUACUCUGUUCAAGAGCAGAUCUCAAGCGACCCGCAAUCUUGGUGUGGCAUUCAAGGGAUCAUCACAAAAGAAGCAGAAUGUGCAUGCCUGUACAUUUCGGUUGGUCAAAAUGAUGUACGGUUUUGGAUAAUUAAAGCAACGGGAGCCAUUCAGUUUUUAGAAAAGAAAGUGAAGCUGGACCAAAACAAGGUGACCGGAAUAGUCCCUGAGUUAGAUGAGUUUUUUAAAGAAGCCUUCCGCAAUGAUGCCAAAGAUUUCAAAACAAGUCUUGACUUGUGUUACAAGAUAAUCAUCGCUCCUGUAGCCAGUUUACUGAAGCAGCCCGAGAUCAUAAUUGUCCCUGAUUCCUGUGUGUACCAAGUGCCAUUUACAGCCUUGGCUGACGAAGGAGGCAAGUAUUUAUCAGAGACAUGCAGGAUUCGGAUAGUUCCCUCUCUGACCACUCUCAAGCUUGUGCAAGACAGUCCUCCAGACUAUCACAGUCAGACCGGGGCACUGAUAGUGGGUGACCCUGUGGUUGGAGAGGUGAUUUACAAGGGAAGGCGCAGAAAUAUAACAGCAUUGCCGUGUGCAAGAAAGGAAGCAGAGAUGAUUGGAAGACUUCUUGGCGUAACACCUAUGAUAGGAUAUUCUGCGACAAAGCAUUUUGUACUUCAAACGAUAAAUUCAGUGAGCUUGAUACACAUUGCUGCCCAUGGUGAUGCCGAAAGAGGGGAGAUUGCUCUUUCUCCUAAGCACCCUUCCCCACUCUCACCUUUACCUCGAGAAGGAGAUUAUCUUUUGACGAUGGCGGAUAUUUCAAAAACUAGGUUGCGAGCUAAACUAGUGGUUCUUAGUUGUUGUCACAGUGCUCGUGGACACAUUAGAACCGAGGGAGUUAUUGGAAUCGCCCGAGCGUUCUUAGGAGCCGGAGCUCGUUCAGUGUUAGCGGCACGAUGGGCCCUAGAUGACGCAACCACAGAGCAGUUCAUGACUUGUUUCUACAGACAUUUGUACCGCGGUGAAAGCGUCAGUGAAUCUCUCCAUAAGGCCAGGAAGUGGAUGAGAAACAACGGUUUUGACAAAGUUUCUCAAUGGGCGCCAUUUAUGAUCAUGGGCGACAACUUGAAAUUUGAUUUUGGAAAUUGGCCGGUGCCUAGCGUACUUUAAAAGCCAUGACUUGGAUAAAUCCUCUGUAGGAGAAUGAACUAGACUCAGUAA